AUCAAUGUCCGCGCUAGCUAUCUGGCUCCAGUUCCUCUCCGUUUCGCAGCUCCAGCUUUCGGGAGCCGAAGCCCCCUUCUGUCUAGGAAAAGGCGAAUUAAGCACGAUCAUUUCGAAAGAACUCCAUCAGACUCGUAAACAACCAAUCAACCAAUGCGGCAGAGACACAGAGCUGAAGUUUCGUCUCCGUUGACCCAAAACUCUGAUCUUUCAGAUUCAGAGCAAACAGAGAAAUCCCAUAAUUCUGAUUACUCGUUCUCGCCCAGAAAAGUGUUUGCAUUUUGCUUGGCUUUUCGAGUUGUAAAUGCACUGUUGGUUCAGACCUAUUUCAACCCAGAUGAGCACUGGCAAGCCCUUGAAGUCGCUCAUCGCAUCGCUUUCGGAUAUGGUCAUUUGACGUGGGAAUGGAAGAAGGGAAUUCGAAGCUACUCGCAUCCUUUACUAUUUGCUUUGCUUUACAAAGUUCUGGCCUUUCUGGGUCUUGAUAUUCCCUGGUUCAUGAUAAAGGCUCCACGGUUAUUUCAAUCUUUGUUUUCUGCAGUUGGUGAUUUGUACUUGUACAAAUUAUCUGUUCUGCUAUUUGGUAAUCGUGUCGCGAAAUGGGCUCUCUUUUCACAGUUGACAAAUUGGUUCAUGUUUUUCUGUACCACUCGUACUUUAUCAAAUUCUAUGGAGACUGUUCUUACCCUUGUUAGCCUAUACUAUUGGCCUUGUUUGCAAUCGUCGCCCAAAAAACUUACCUCAAUGUCAAGGAAGUUUGGUUUGGCUAUAGCAGCAUUAGCUUGUGCCAUAAGACCAACAAGUGCCAUCAUAUGGCUGUACAUUGGUCUUCUUGAGCUAUUCCUGACACAAGAGAGGCUCAAAUUCAUUUUUCUAGACGUGGCUCCUAUUGGGGUCCUGGUGCUUGGGCUUACGUGGGUUUUUGAUCGUUUGAUGUAUGGCUCGUGGAUACUAGUACCUCAUAAUUUUCUCAAAUUCAAUUUUCUUUCCUCUGGUGGAGAUUAUUAUGGAACUCACAAGUGGCAUUGGUACUUCAGUCAAGGAUUUAUCGUCAUGCUGUUCAGUUUCUUACCAUUUUCUAUAGCUGGUAUUAUGCAGUCCAAACAAUGGAAGCUUUCUGGUCUUAUAGCAUGGGUUUUAGGACUUUACAGUUUGCUAGGUCACAAAGAAUUCAGAUUUGUGCUGCCUGUGCUUCCUAUAGCUUUAAUGUUCUCUGGAUAUUCAUUAGCUGCAAUAAGCAUACGAAAUUCUCCAAAUGGCAAAAGGAAGGAAUCUUCAAGUGUUUCUGGAAAAUGGCCUCCAAAAUUGCGAUUACCGGUCUUAUUUUUGCUAGCUACAAAUAUUCCAAUGGCCUUGUAUAUGAAUUUGAUCCAUCAGAGAGGAUCUGAGGAUGUAAUGAACCAUCUAUCCAAAGAAGUGCUCUACGGAAAAGUGAAAAGUAUCCUUUUCUUAAUGCCCUGUCAUGCCACACCAUACUACUCCACCCUGCACCGUGACAUCCCAAUGCGUUUUCUAGACUGCUCUCCGAGUGAGGAUAAAGGAGUCAUUGAUGAAUCCGACCGUUUCAUGAUGGACCCUGUUGGUUUUGCAUCUGAGUAUGCAAAAAAUUGGUCAAUACCUAGUCAUAUUGUAUUAUUCGAGUCCGAAGAAAAACUAUUGAAGGAUUUCUUAGAGACACAUUCUUACAGAGAGGAAAAAAGGUUUUUCCAUGCUCACUUCAAAGUGGAUCGUGACCUUCAAGCAUCAGUUGCUAUGUAUGCUCUGACUGGCCAGUGAUCAUCUUCAUUCUAGGUGGUGUUUUAAUUUUAACUGUCGCGCUUCAGUU